AGAACUGUCUAGGUUUCCGCCGAAGGUUCUUUCUUCCCUCCCCGUCUCUUUCUUUCACCUUCGACUCUCUCUAUAUCGUUGGAUUUUUGCGAUUGCCUCUACGAAAAAUUCCUCCUGUGUUGUCGCGUUCUCUUUCAAUCCCCAAGACGAAGAUGAGCCGGCAUCCAUCUACAAAAUGGGCUCAAAAAUCGGAUACUGUUUAUAUUACAAUUGAACUGCCGGAUGCAAAGGAUGUUAAGCUCACAUUGCAGCCUGAAGGUCGUUUCUAUUUCUCUGCAACCAGCGGAGCAGAGAACAUUCCAUAUGAGCUCGAUCUGGAGUUGCUUGAUAAGGUUGAUGUUGAUGAGAGUAAAACUGCCGUUGGCUUGAGGACCAUAUGCUACCUCAUCAAGAAAGCAGAGAAGAAAUGGUGGAGCAGGUUGUUAAAGCAGGAAGGGAAGCCUCCUGUCUAUUUGAAAGUUGACUGGGACAAGUGGAUUGAUGAAGAUGAUGAGAAGGAAAACAAAUUUGGGGGCAUGAAUUUUGAUGACAUGGACUUCUCGAACUUGAAUAUGGGUGGUGCUGAUGAUGGGCUUGAUGAUGAGGAUGAUGACGAUUUGUUGGCUGAUACUGCUGAUAAAGAUGGAGAUGACGAUGAAGAUGCUGGAGAAGUCAAGCCAAAUGGAGAAGAAAGGGCGGAGAAUGCUCAAACUGCAACUACUGGUGAACCUGAAAACAAAGCAUGACUACGUAUCUAGCAGCCUUGUGAUUUUCUUUAAACCUCUUCGUUUCAUGUCUUCUUUCUCGAUUAUGUCUUUUGUUUUGAUGAAUGGUUGUAGUUGAGGUUGCAGUAGUAAUCAUGUAUCUUAUUAGAUUGGAGAUUAACAAGUGUAGUAGACAGCUUGUUAAAAGCACAUCCUGUUUAAAUUAAAUGCCAAAUGCCAGUAUUCACAUUA